AUGGCCUCAAAUCCUAACAAUCAGAGACCACGGUUCCCUGUUUCUAGUCUCAAAAACGACGGCUGGUCCACAGAAGACGAAGCAACAGCGACCUGUCUCUGUGGUGCCGUACAGCUUGUUUUCCGACAUCACUCUAACAUCCUACGCCAGCCGACCCAUGGCCCAGGUCUGGGUACACGGGGCCUUUGUCACUGCGCCGACUGCCGCAAGAUUAGUUCUUCAAUGUUCUGUUCCAUUUUUGUCGUCGAUGACAAUUACCUACGGCACGUGCGGGGCAGAGAGAACCUCAAGACAUUCAGCCAGUCGCGGACGACAGCUUCCAGCAAUACCAUGACUAACUAUUUCUGCAAUACCUGUGGCGGUCUUCUGUACCGUGUGAGCUCGGGACUUCCCGGGAAGAGCAUACUGCGAUUGGGCACCAUUGAUGACAUCAGCCUGGCCGAGACGAAGAUGAAGCCGCAGAUCGAGAUUUUCACCGAAAGCCGGGUAGGCUGGCAGGCCCCGCUUGAUGGAAUCAAGCAAUCGAAGGGCGGUACUGCUCCGGAAGACGGAGCAUAG